AGGAUGCCCACACAGGGAGCGGCGGGACACCGUCCCUCUUCCGUGAUGCAGAGAGGUCCUUCGCGGGUGUCAGUGAGGGGGUAAAUCGAGGACAACACAGGGGCACAUCUUCUCUGGGCUGAUCCCAGGCCAGCAUUGAGCCGGAGGCCCAAAAGCAGAAUUCAUUCCCUAAGAAAGCAGACAGGAAGGAAGGAAGGGCCGUGGGCAGCCCCUUGGUCAUGGACCCUACCAGCAUCUGCAGGAAGGCACGGCGGCUGGCUGGGCGGCAGGCUGAGCUGUGCCAGGCAGAGCCAGAAGUGGUGGCGGAGCUAGCCCGGGGUGCGCGACUUGGGGUGCGAGAGUGCCAGUUCCAGUUCCGAUUCCGCCGCUGGAACUGCUCCAGCCACAGCAAGGCCUUUGGGCGCAUCCUGCAGCAGGACAUUCGAGAGACAGCCUUCGUGUUUGCGAUCACGGCAGCAGGCGCCAGCCACGCGGUCACGCAGGCCUGUUCCAUGGGCGAACUGCUGCAGUGUGGCUGCCAGGCACCCCGCGGGAGGGCCCCGCCUCGGCCCUCUGGCCUGCCGGGCACCCCUGGACCGCCAGGCUCCGCCGGCUCCCUGGAAGGCAGCGCCGCCUGGGAGUGGGGAGGCUGUGGCGACGAUGUGGACUUCGGGGACGAAAAGUCGAGGCUGUUUAUGGAUGCACGGCACAAGCGGGGACGAGGGGACAUCCGCGCGUUGGUGCAACUGCACAACAACGAGGCGGGCCGGCUGGCCGUGCGGAGCCACACGCGCACCGAGUGCAAGUGCCACGGGCUGUCCGGCUCGUGCGCGCUGCGCACCUGCUGGCAGAAAUUGAGUCUGGUCCUACCCAUCCCCUUCCCAAAGACUUGUCCCGAGCUGUCCCUGCAGCAUGUCCGGCCAGACUGCUCCCCCUACAGCCCCACCCCCACCCCCAGCAGCCUCAAGCCCUUAAUUCCUGACAGCUGCGGUGGCUGCCGGCAGAGAUGGGGGAAGGAGGGAGGGUAUGCCGGCAGCCUGCUGUUGCUCAGGCCGCCCCCACCACCUGACAGUCUGGGGACAAGGAAGGCCCCACCCCUCUGCUCCAAUUCCCCAGGGAUGGGCAAUUCCAGGAAUGGGCCCCUUUUGUCUCUGAGCCCAGAGGCUCUGGCAGUUCAGUCCCUGAGCCAGGAGGGGCUCUCCUCAGAGAGAGGGGGCCGUGGGGCGGUGCCCGGGGGCGCUGCCCCAUGGAGCAGGGAGGCGGGCGCCGUCUGCUCCGGGAGCCCUGACCUGAGUCGGAGCUGUGUGUCGCAGCCGCCCCGACCCCCGCCGAUCAUGCGGGGCCGCCCCUGGCUCGCCAGUCCCACCGGGCUGUGA